AGAAGUUGCAAAGAUUCAGAAGAUGAUAGUCAAGAAAUUAUAUUUAUUCCUAUAAAUUGUGAAAUUCUCCAGGAUUGCAAACAGUUGCGAACCGCUCAAUUACCGCUCAAUCGCUCAAUCGUCGCUCAAUUGUCGUGCAAUUGUUGAAGUACAGGUUGUUGACAGUUGAUGCUGGUUAAAGGUUUCUUCGCUGGUCGUUGGUUAUGUCGACCUAGAAACUUCAUUACAAGGCCGUAUUUGAUGUCAAGUUGUUGAUUUAUGUGUCGUCAUUAUUACGGAAGAAGUUGAAGAAGGAAUAAACAGACAAGUAACUGUAAAGCCGCUGUUUGAGUCUUCAAUUAGCGUGUUCGAACUAAGCAAUUAAGAAUUUCCACGUGUAGUUUAAGAAAGGCAGCUACACCCUCCUUCCCCCUUCUCAUCACUUAAAUCUCUCGUAUCAGAAUGCCAACGCCUUAAAUCCUCUGUGUGCAUAAACCUACUUGAGUUCGAGGCCAUGCAGCAUCCGGGACGCGUUCGGGAGGACAACAGUUUUCUUCUCGAUCACUUUGCUUUGGAAUUGUCAUUGGUGGUACAUGGCCUGUACAUGCGGGAGAGCUAGACUGCAGGAAGGAAGCCUCCGUACAUUAAUCAAUAACGUCUUAUGAAGUUGAUCGAUCCAAAAUACUUGGUAUUCCCCAUCGUAUAGCCAAUACUCCACUGGACCGUGUCAUUGCCCUCCUUGUCCCAGCUAGCUUGUUUCGAGCAACCGUGGUCUCUGGAUCAGCUAACGUAACAGGAACGUGGCUGUGCUCUGCCUUCUGAAGACAAUCAAUACCAUUUGUUUUUUCUGGGCUCCGUACCACAAAGGUUAGCAAUUGAUCGCUUAUUUGAAAGAGCAUUUCUGAUUGGUUCCUAGUCAGUCUAUUGAGCAAGAUGCACGUGCAACGAUGAUCUCGAUAGGCUAUUUCAUUUCAGCGAUUAAUUGUUAAUCUUUGUGUUACGGGGCCCUAAUGCUAGCACGUACGGUCUGCAUCACUGACGCACUGUAUCGAUCAUCCUCAGAACUUUUGUGCGGACUUGGACUGUAGUUGAUCAGGUCGGAGAUCUCACGUGAGAGCAGAAUAGCGGCCCACCUAAUUCUGCUGUAGGUUUAUGGUCUUCAGCUGAUGCGGUUAAGGCUUCAAGCCAACUCGGACAAGUGGCUAGAUGGACAUUACACCAACUGGAAAACAACCAUAAAUGAUUGAAGGGCACCACACCUGGAUUGAUAUGAGCCAUUUUGAUGAAGAAACAAGCGGAAAUCGACCAGAUAUCUCUUCCCACAUUGUAGCAGAAAGAAACCCACAACAACUCCCAAAUAUGACUGUAACAUGUCUGAGGCGGAAGGCGUUUAGAAGUCCUUUCCUGGCGAUCUGUACAUUGGCAGUCGGCUGCUGCGCCCUCUAUAUGUUUUAUGGUUAUCGGACGUUUACAAAAGCGCCUCGAUAUGUUCAUGUUGACAAGCUCUCUUCGUCUCCUUUAGAAGGAAACACGAAUGCUUACAUCUCCAAUCAGAUACUGCAUUCAACUGUUCCAAAGUCAAAGCAGGUGAAAGAACCGCCUUCAGUUGGAAAAGACAUCGGAACAAAGGACUUCAUUUUGAAAUUCAAUGAAGACAACAUCUCAGUUACUAAUGCACCAGAGCACAUCUCACCUUCUAAAACAAUGGACAGUGAGCCUACGAAUCACGUGACUGCAUCUAGGGGACAUCAAUUUCACAAUAGAACUGCGAAAUUAACUGAAAGCCCUACACCAUCAGUCGAAGAAAUACUGAAGCUUCAAGCAAAGCGGAAGCAGCGAAUUGCAGAUGUAUGCCACGAACACAGAUUGAAAAUUGGAGGGAACUUUUUAUACAAGGAUACCUUUAGACAUAUGUAUGUUAUUGAAGAUCAGAAACUUUUAUUUUGCUACAUCCCAAAAGUUGGCUGCAGUAAUUGGAAGCGUGUUCUUAUGGUGCUCGAUGGGAAGCGUGACGUCAUGGAUGAUAUAACGAGCAGAGAGGCGCAUGCGCAUAACGGGAUAACGCGUUUCGGUAUGAUAAGUAAAGAGGAACAGGAAUAUCGAUUGCAGAACUAUCGGAAGGUGAUGUUCGUGCGUAAUCCGCUCGCGCGCGUGGUCUCUGCGUACAAAAACAAGUUUGCAGAUUUGGCUGUCUACCGCACGGCCCCUCCCGUUUUUCACAAAUUUGGGAAGAGAAUCGUGAAAAGAUAUCGAAAUAAUCCGUCACCUCUAGCAUUGACGACAGGAGAAAAUGUCACGUUUGCCGAAUUCGUGACUUAUCUGACAAACAAGAAUGAAAGGCUGGAGUUCGAUAGGCACUGGAAAGAAAUGUAUAAGCUUUGCUCACCGUGUCAAAUCCACUACGAUUUCAUUGGCAAACUAGAAAAUGCAUACGACGAGGCUGAGUAUGUUUUACGGAACAUGAACUUCACACGAUCCCUAAGUUUCCCGGGCAGAGAGAAUAGCCACCCGACGAAUGUGAGCAGCAGCGGUACAGAUGAAUAUUUUGAGAAUUUUUCUACAGAGACUCUAAGAGCACUAUGGGAUAUUUACCAUACGGAUUUUGAAUUGUUUGGAUACCCCAAGCCAGAUUAUAUCAAUUAAUGUUUGGAAGACCUAGCAACUUGAUUAUUAUUACUUCUUUUUUUUUGUUAAUGUGGAAUAUUCGAUGGUAAAAGGAUAAAAUAAGGCCUCCACUGUCCACCAUUCCACUGAAUGAUGCUGGGUUGGAGCGUAACCCGACGCUCAUUUCGUGAAAAAAAAUGAUUUCAAACAUCGGAUAUAUCUGUCCCCGGCCUUUCGGGAAUAAGGGGGCACUUUUUUUACGAAAGUUCGUGCUAUAUGACGGGACUACCCUACCCGACGCAAUCACUCGGUGAAAUGGAACAAGUCAUGAAUAUUAUAUGCCAUGUUGGAUCCUAACUCAUAACAAUGUCUAUUAUUUUGUUCAUAAUAAUAUUAGUAAUAUUACUUCUCAAACUAGCGUGUGUAUCAACAUGGACCUACAUGGUGCUUUCUAUCGUCCAAUAAUGACUUUGUAUAAAAAAAAGGGGUCGCAUAUUUACAAAAUGGAAUAAGUUUGAAAUUAGCAUGAUUACGUAGGUCUGGUCUAGUGUGGUUUUACUGUAGGGCUCAUGAUGGGCCCGUAUUCUGGACUCGGAUUUAACUUAGACCAUGCAUGGUCCAGUUAUUCUAAGAUCAUGGGAAGCCAAUCAUGGCAAUUUUUUUAUCUAUAUAUUUUUUUUAUUAAUAAAUCGUCAACAUACAAAUCUUUUACAUCAAAGUUCACUAUAAAGACUGUUCAUAUGGUAUGUUUCUUAUGGUUAUUAUGCACGUUCCUAAUUCUUUAAUGGUGAAAAAAAUUAUUUAAUCUAUCCUUUCAAGGUAGAGAGUCAGAUGCGCUGAAAUUAUGAACCUCUAAUUUUAGAGAUUUGUGUCACAAAUAAUGACCUUUUGUGUCACAAAUAAUGACCUUUUGUGUCACAAUUGGCUAGACAUAGUUAAACCACAACUUUAGACUAGAGUUUAAAUUAAACACGACUUCAGAAUACGGAUCAUGGUGUUGGUCUAUGUGCCUCACAGGAAUAACCCUGAUAGACCUUUUCGAUAUUGUUACCAUGGUUACCAUGUUCUCUGAAGUUCUGUCUUAACGAUUUCAGUGAAUGACCAACAACGUGUAUAGAUCGAGGUCCCGUCUAAUGAAGAGUUGCGAAUGAUUUGAUCAAUCUCCGCUAUAUGGAAAUACAUCAUUGUCAUAAUUUUUCCUACCGAAAAUUUGCACAAUUUCACUUGUAAAUAAAGAGGAAGAACACUGAUUGGUCAAGACAACGAUGAAUGUAAGAGCAUACACUAUAUCUAGAAAACAUUCUGACCUAACCACGGAAAUUGGAUCAAUGGCAAUUCUUUGUAAAGAGGUGGCCCAUAUCACUUCUGCUAAAGUCAAUACAUGAUGUUACUGAUUUGCAUUGUUCGCACGAACGAUAUCACAUUAAAUUUUGAAACAUAUGCACGCUUCUGAAAAGAUGUGAUGGUUUCAUAGACACAAUAAAUAAAAAAAAAAGAUUAGGCGACUCAUUAUGCAUAUCACUCAUACUAAUGAAACC